GACCGCUAGGUGGCAGCACUUGCGCUUCAGUGUCUUAGUUGACGUCCAUGAAGAAGAUCGUGCGUCACGUGCUGCAGUGUGUUUUGUUUACAUCUGCAACACUUUCUGCGUUAGAUAUAUUAUUAAACAUAUUACACCAGCAGGGAGAUGUCUGUGUGCUUACUAGUAAGUGAAGAUGAUCCACACAAACCCAUCCAGCUUCAUCACCAACAACCCGUGACUCUGGGUCGAGGCCCAGAAACUAAGAUAAAAGACAAAAAGUGCUCAAGAGAACAAGUUGAAUUGAGAGCUGAUUGCAACAGAGGAUUUAUCACUGUUAAACAGUUGGGUGUCAAUCCUACAAAUGUGGACGGUGUGGUUGUGGGCAAAGGCAAUCAGGUGAGCGUAAAGCCGGGCCAGAGACUUUAUUUGGUCAAUCAGCAGUAUCCUUACACAGUCAGGUUCACUGAGGACACACCCACACCCAGAUCUGCUGCAGAGAAGAGUAAACCUUCAAAAAGAGCCCAUCGGAUGAGCUCUGAGGGGAACGGAGAGAAAUCAUCAGAGCAUCACAGAAUGUCAGACGAUUCGCCUCCGCCAAAAAAGACACUGCCAUCUGGAUCUGAUAAACCUGAAUCUGCUGGCCAUUGGAGCCAAGGGCUUAAAGUGUCAAUGCAGGACCCUAAGAUGCAGGUGUAUAAAGAUGACAGGGUUGUGGUCAUCAAGGACAAGUACCCAAAGGCGCGGUACCAUUGGCUGGUGCUGCCGUGGGACUCGAUCUCCAGUCUGAAGGCUCUGCGCUCGGAGCACGUGGAGCUGCUCAAACACAUGCAGCGUGUGGGAGAUCAGAUGCUGCAGCAGUGCCCUGACGCUCACAAACUGAGCUUCCGCCUGGGAUAUCACGCCAUCCCCAGCAUGAGUCACGUCCACCUGCACGUAAUCAGCCAAGACUUCGACUCGCCGUGUCUGAAGAACAAGAAACACUGGAAUUCCUUCACUACUGACUAUUUUGUGGAGUCUCGAGAUGUCAUUGCGAUGCUGGAGCAUGAUGGGAAAGUGACAGUUAAAGAAGGCACUAGUGAAUUACUGAAGCUGCCUCUGCGCUGUCACUUGUGUCGUAAAGAGCAGCCCACGAUACCCAAACUAAAAGAACAUCUCAAAACUCACCUGCCUUCUUAAACCUGUAAAAAGUCUGUCAGAUUACAAUUCAUUUGGUAAACCGCCCAUUGAAUGCUUUAAUAAAUUCAAUUUGUUCUGGAUAUCUC